AUGGUAUUCUUUCGAAACGAUUCUGAAGAAAAGGAAAGCGAAGUGCUGGGAUGUCCGUGUCGCGAAGGAAUCAUGAAGCGAGGAACGUUCUUGGUGUGCUGCGAUUCUUGUGAGAAAUGGUUUCAUGGAUCGUGCAUCGGCUUGUUACAACGUCCCGACGCGUCCAAUCCCUGGCUCUGUCCCGUCUGCGAUCGCCGAGAGCGAAUGGGCGGCGAACAAGAAGAAGACCGCGAAUCUCUUCAGUUGGAGUUGAAUUUCUACGCGGAUCGCGCAUCGAAGGAUUCGAACUCGGUUAAUUUUUGGCUCGCAGCGCGCGCCUGUUUUCUUCUGGUUCUCGUGGACUCGUAUCUCUCCCACACACAACGCAGCGCCGCUUAUGAGGCCUGGCUUCAGCGCCAAGCCGAGCUCCCAUCCUUCGGCGCUCUCUCGCACGCCGCCUUCCCCUCCACCGCCUCGCUCUUCUCGCUCCAUUGCCGCGCCAUUCGCCAAUCCCCCGCGUCCUCCUUCUCCGCCGUCUUCUUCGCGCAGUUUCUCCGCGGCGCCAUGGAGACUCUGCUGCAGUCCCAGUCCCACCUCUUCCUCCGCAGCUCCAUCCUGGCGGUCAUGCAGCGCGGCAUGCAGUCUCCCUACAUCACCGUCCGCGAGAAGAACCUCCGGCUGCUCCUCUCCGCGUCCUCCUUCUACCCGCGGCUUCUCGGGCCCUACGCGCCCGUCAUUCAGCAGGGGCUCGAGGACCGCGGCGUCAGCGUCCGGCGCAUCAGCAGCCGCCUGGCGCGCGGACUGUGCGAGCAGGUGCUGAAGGAGCUCGAUGUCGUGCCCGGAGAGACGGUCGUGAAGCUGAUUGGAUGGAUGGCCGACCGGGCGUUUCGCGAGGAGGACGCGAAGGUCCGCGAGGGAUGCGAAGAGAACGUGAUGAGCGUGCUGCUGCGCGCAGGGACGCUGGACGUGGUGGCGCAGAGCUGUGUGCUGCUGCAGAAUCAAAUGAAGGAGCAGAGCGAAUCGAACGGGAAGCGGUUUGUGGAGGAAUGCCACGCCAUUCUCGAACAACCGCAUCACCAAGCCGCGCUGCAGCGGCAGAUCCGACGAUUAUUCGACACCUACUUCGAGUCCGACACGCAGACGGAGGCCUUGGCGAUUCUGUCGAUCUUCGCGCAGCUCAGUCCGCAGUCGCUCGUUCCGUAUCUCUCCGUGUUUCACUGCACGCUCGAGGAUCGCUUGUACCAAACGGACCAAACUCCCGCGGAGAAACAGCGCUCGUUGGCUGUGUGCUCCCACAUUCUCGACCUUGUGAAGCAGAUUCUGCCGUGCUGCUCGCUGAGUCCGUUCGCGAGCCGCUUUCUGCGGUUUUUGCUGACGAUCGCGAAGCAGGCGACGGCGAUCAGUCUCGUGGAGAAAGCGGUGGAGUGCGUGGUGAUAUUGGUAGAAGUGAUCGGGUUUUGA